UGUACAAGUAGUUCAAGAAAACAACCUAUGAGUACAACACUUAGAGAACGACUAAGGAAAACUAGAUCUUCAUUUAAUUCCUGUUGCAGUGUGGUAAAACGUCUUAAAGUAGAAAAUGAAGAAAAUAAGACCUUUUCAGAAAAACCAUCUUCAAAAGAAGAAAACUGUUUGGAAUUUCGAGAAAGUAUUAAACACAGAGAUGAUGAAUAUGAAGAAAAUACAUAUUUAAAAAAUAUCUUCAAGAAUAUCAAUGUAUGUGAAUCUAAGUCACUUGAUAGUGGGUCAUGUACUGAUCUCCAGGAUGACUUUGUGAAUGAAAAUCUUCCAAAAAAAGAAUUAAAUGAAGAAAAGGCAAAAUUGGUGAAGCAGAUUCAGGAGAAAGAAGACCUUCUUCGGAGGCUAAAACUAGUCAAAAUGUAUAGAUCAAAGGUGAGAAUAAUUUCAGAACCAUUGCAUAAUUAUUAUUUUAUUUUUAGAUAAAUGAUAGGAAAGUAAUUUCAAAAAGGGGAAUAAAAGUUAUUUUAGCAUAAUAAGCAAUGAGCCAAGUACCCAGAAAAUGACUUCCAACAACUUUAACUCAAAUAUAAGUCAUAGGUUUAGAUUUAAGUAGAAGAAGCCUAAGGCUGCUUUUAGACACCAGAUAACGUUUUAAGAGCCCCAACUCAUUUAAUGUUCAGUUGGAGCUUGGGCCAAGUAAAAUAGCCAUAGAACUCAAGUGAGAGUUGUAAACAUUCUAUUUUGAAACAUCCUAAUUUUCCAAGGUAGAAGUCCCAUUCAUUACCAAGUGUGUUACCCUUUAAAC